UAUAACCAACCCGUAACCAUUGGCAGGCGCAGCAAGUGAGCAACUAACAGCAACACAGUAAAAGCCUCGCGUCUAAUCUACUCCAUAGAGAUUGAGUUUGAGUUUGAUUUUGAGAUUGAGUUUCACCACUUCUUACCUACAGCCAUCCAGCCUACAAGGUAAUUCAAAAAGUUGUUGAUAGCAUCUUGAUAUCAAGACUUUUUGGAUGAGCUUCGCAUAAAGGUAAAAAUAACAAAAUCAACAACAACAAAACAAAUAAAAAACAUUCUUUUUUGACAACCCUCAUCAACAUUCUUAAUUACAAUCAAUAAAUAACUCACCUUCUUCUGCUUCUGCUUCUGCUGCUUCUGCUUCUUCUUCCUUCUCUUCUUCUUUCACAUCCUUUACAUGAGCUCAGAUGGCCGGUCGUUUUGUGCGCGCGUCGAAAUAUCGUAAGCCUUGUUACCAUAUCGCGAGAAAGAGGCACGAGAGCAAUCGCUGACGAGGAAAUAGGACAUGUCUUUGGUAAAUCAUCGAAGAAGGAGGCAUGCUACGAUAACUUACAUAUCAGUCGCAAUGCAUGGGAUACCAAUCUAAUCAAGGUGGGAUACCAAAUACUCUGGAAAGUGAUAUAGAAUGAAGGAAUGAGGUAGCUCAUCAUCGAAAUAGGCCAAUCCUGAAUAUCUUUCGGUCAAUUGGGAAGCUAGUGGUGGAGGCGCAUUCGCCGUUAUUCCUUUGAAUGAGAAAGGACGUCUGCCAGAACAAAUCCCAUUGUUUCGAGGACACACCGGACCUGUCCUUGAUACAGAUUGGUGAGUAUUCAAGGUGUAGCAGAUGGAACAAAAUCUCACUUUCGAAUCAGGAAUCCUUUCAACGAUCGCAUAAUCGCUUCCGGAUCUGAUGAUGGAAAGGUGUUUAUAUGGGAGGUACCUCAAGGUUUUUCCCUUUACCAGGACUCUGAAGAACCUGUCGAUGUUGCGCCUGUCAGCAAAUUGGCAGGUCAUUCUAGGUAUGUGCCAGCUAUACAGAAAGCUCUAAUCAACUCUAACAACCUGCAGGAAAGUUGGACAAGUUCUAUUCAACCCCGCCGCGAACAACAUUCUCGCAUCCGCGUCUGGUGAUUACACGGUCAAGCUAUGGGAUGUAGGCACUGGGAAGGCAGCUUUGACAUUAAAGCACGGAGAUAUUGUACAAAGUUUGUCAUGGAGCGCAAAUGGAGCUCUUAUGGCUACCACCUCUCGUGACAAGAAGUUACGUAUCUGGGAUACUCGACAAGAAAGGCCCGCACAUGAAGGUCCUGGACAUACCGGCGCAAAGAAUAGCAGAGUUGUAUGGAUGGGAGAACACAAUCGUGUGGCUACUACCGGAUUCUCCAAGAUGAGUGAUCGUCAAAUGGCUUUGUGGGAUGUUGGUAAUGCUAAACAACCAAUUGGCGGAUUCACCGUUCUGGACUCUAUCUCGGGCGUUUGCAUGCCAUUCUGGGGUAAAUUACAUUAAUUGAUUGUGGUUGAUCUAUGCUAAUUUGACUUAGAUGAUGGAACGCAAUGUUUGUAUUUGGCAGGCAAAGGGUAGGUCGAUUGGCAGAUAUCACCGGUAAACUAGCUAACUUGUUUCAGUGAUGGCAACAUUCGAUACUAUGAAUAUGAAAACGACAAGUUCGAAUUCUUGUCCGAAUACAAGUCUAGUGAUCAACAACGUGGUCUCGCAUUCCUCCCAAGACGUGGUAUUAACGUAAGUGGUUGUUAUUAUGUCUUUCGCAUAUCUAUUCUGACGAAAAUGCAGGUUCACGAGAACGAAGUUAUGAAGGCAUUCAAAACCGUCAAUGACCAAUAUGUUGAACCUAUCUCUUUCACAGUUCCUAGAAGAGCCGAAGUCUUCCAAUCUGAUAUUUACCCACCUGCUAUUGGCUUGAAACCUGCGGUGACUGCCGAGGAAUGGCUCGCUGGUAAAGACGGAAUUCCUGCCAAGAUCGAUUUGGAAAGUGUAUAUGAAGGAAAUGCCCCGGUUGAAGUGCCAGCUGAUUAUAGACCACCCACCGCUGCACCAGCGCCAAACCCACCCCCGACAAAGACAGCGCCACCUAAGGCAGAGCCUGAACCAGCUCCAACGGUACAAAGGGCGGCUCCACCAAGCAUGUCCGAGCAAAAGGGUUCCAUUUCUGCCAUGGCCUCUAAGUUUCAAGAUGACGAUAAGGAUGAGGCCGAUGAUAAUUCUAGCUUUGAGGAGAUUCAAAAGCCAAUUCAAAAAUCAAUUCCAGCUGCAGCAAAGUUAGAACCAGUUAACGUCACUUCAACAAAAACUGCACCACCAAAGCCAUCUCCUGUAUCUCAAGCAACACCAACAUCAUUCCAGCCCGCAGCAAAGCCUACUCCAGCCGCCAUCCCUACCUCUUCUGGACCUAUUUCCGGCGUUGGUGCUCCUCAACUAUCUCCAAGUGCAGUUGGCGUUGAAGAUUCCCUGGAAGAAAUCAAGAAACUCUUGGAAGCUCAAACUAAAACUAUCACGGCACAAACGGAGAAAAUUGGCCUAUUGACUCAAGAGGUUGAUACAUUGAAGAUGAGAGUUGGUCCUGGUGAUCAGAGUGAAAGAAUUAGACAAUUGGAGCUGGAGCUGGAGGCUGCUAAAUCUUAAGAAUGUGGCGUGAGUGUCUUUGUAAUCUUCUACGUGAAAAAGAGUACAUUGCAUGAUAUUGCAUGAUGCAGCUAGUUUUCAGGUUUUAGAGCGACGGGGCGAAUUGAUGAUGAUUUUUUCGGGGGGUGAAAUAUUAGUAUUUGCUAUGAGUCAUUGUGUGAGUGAGUGAGCGAGUGAGUGAGUGAUGCGACGUAAUGGAGCUGAUAUUUUCAUUGAUCAUUUGAGCUG